AUGUUUAAAUUCUCUUUGAAUCCAAUUCGUACUGCAGCAUUAUCCUCUUCUCAACAUGUCGUUCUCCACGGAAAUCACAUUUCUCGGAGCCUUGUAAUUCUUUCAAGAACUCGUACUCAACAACAAGAAAGAAACUUUUCUUCAAUUUAUUCUUUGAAUAUGGCUGGACAUAACAAAUGGUCAAAGAUUAAACAUCAAAAAGCAGUUACAGAUGUUCAGAAAAUGAAAAUUUAUACUAAAUUAUCUAGAGAAAUUAAAACAUGUGUUCAAUUAGGUGGAGCUGGUUCUGAUAAUUUGAGACUUCGUCUCUGUUUAGAAAAGGCAAGAAAAAACAAUGUUCCAAAACACAUUGUGGAUGGAGCUAUUAAAUCAGGACUCAAUGAAAAAGAUGCUCAUAUGGAAUAUAACAGCUAUGAAGGUUAUGGAGCUGGUGGUGUUGCAUUUCUUGUUGAAGCUUUGACAGAAAAUAAGAAUAGAACUGCACAACAAGUGAGAACAUUAUUUUCACAUCAUAAGGGACAAUUAGGAACUUCUGUUCAGUGGUGUUUUGAGAAGAAAGGAGUUGUGAAUUUUACAAUUCCUAUGGCACAUUCAAAAAUGGAUAGUCUUUAUGAUAGUCUAUUUGAGAAAGUUUCAGACAUUGAAGGAAUUGAAGAUUUAAAGUUGGAACCAACUGAAAAUGACAUGGAGAAACAAUUUAUUGAGGUAUCUCUUUAUUGUCCACAUGAAGAAGUUCAUAAUGUGAAGGGAAGUGUGGAGGCUGCAAAAACAACCAUUGAAAAAGCUCUGAAUAUUACAAUUACAAAUAUUACAUGUGAAAUAGGUCAGGUACCAACUUCGUUUAUUGAAGUGACAGACCCAGAAACUGCUGAACACUUGCAACAGUUAAUUGAUGAAUUGAAUGACCAUGACGAUGUUCAAAAUGUUUAUCAUAAUGCUAAAUUUGCACUUCCAGAUGAGGAAUAA